UGAGCAGUUCUAAAGCCAGCUAGAAAAAGUGGGACCUUGCAGAACUAUUUAACUUUUCUACAUACAGUUUAGGGACUUAAUUUUCCAUUUUCUUUCAUUGCUGUGCAAUGUGAGGGCGAUUGUCAGCAGUUGUGGGUUUCCCAUCAUUCUUUUUGACAAAUAUAAGAAGGUUACGUCAUUUACAAUGAAUGAAGUUCAUAUAUCUUCGUGGAAUAGUACAGGUGACUUUUUCAAUAAAUCUUGGGAUGCACAAAAUGAAUUCCAUAUGAUCAAUACUGCAGAGACUGUUAUUCUUCCUUCAUUUAUUGGCAUUAUCUGCUCAACUGGAUUGGUUGGAAAUAUCCUGGUACUUGUCACAAUAAUAAGAUCUAGAAGAAAAACUAUUCCUGAUAUCUAUAUCUGUAAUCUGGCAGUGGCAGAUUUGGUUCACAUUAUUGGAAUGCCAUUUCUUAUCCAUCAGUGGGCUCGUGGGGGAGAAUGGGUAUUCGGAAGUGCCCUCUGCACAAUUAUAACAUCUUUGGAUACAUGCAAUCAGUUUGCCUGCACUGCUAUUAUGACAGCAAUGAGUUUGGACAGAUAUAUGGCCCUUGUGCAGCCAUUUCGCCUGACAAGCUUAAGAACAAUAUCAAAGACAAUUCGUGUGAACAUUCUCCUCUGGGCAGCUUCAUUUGUUGUUGUGUUCCCUGUUUGGGUCUAUUCUAAGGUUAUUGAGUUCAAAGAUGGCUUAGAGAGUUGUGCAUUUGAUUUAACUACACCUAAUGAUGUUCUAUGGUACACACUGUAUUUGACUAUCACAACCUUCUUCUUUCCUUUACCACUUAUAGUGGCUUGUUACAUAUUAAUUCUGUGCUACACGUGGGAGAUGUAUCAUCAAAAUAAAACUGCAGGCCGUUACAACAACAGUUUGCCUAGACAGAGAGUCCUGCGGCUUACCAAAAUGGUCCUUGUGUUGGUGGGAGUAUUCAUAGUCAGUGCUGCCCCGUAUCAUGUGAUACAGAUUGUAAACCUUCAUAUAUCUAAACCAUCACUGAUUUUCUAUGUGAGCUACUACUGCUCUAUUUGUCUCAGCUACGCAAGCAGUGGGAUCAAUCCUUUUCUUUAUGUUCUGCUUAGUGGAAACUUUCGCAAAAGACUAACUGAAUGUACAAAAGUCAGAAUAAAAAUGUCAGAACGUGAACUGAACAAUAUUGAUAAUACUCUGAAAUCCAGCUUUUAGUUUUUUUUUUUAUAAACCAGUUAUAAUGAUGAUGUAUAUAUGUAUAUGUUCUAGACAA